GCUCUUGGGAAAGACAGAAGUGUGAAGGAGAAGAACUUUUCUGAUGUUCUGAAGGCUCCAGAUGAUACCUAUGAACCAUCAAAGAGGGGUCAACCAACUAAUAAAACAAUUCUUGUAGAAAACUUACACGUUAUUAUAGCAAAGAUGGCUGCUUCUGAAAAUUCUGGCUUUAAACAAGAAUACAGAGAAAUUCCAAAAGGAGAACUUCAUCCUUGCGAAGAAGGCAAAAAACCAGAGAACAAACUACGAAAUAGAUACACAACCACAUUCCCUUAUGACCAUUCUCGAGUUGUACUAAAGACCUCAUCAGCUAAUGAAGGAGAUUAUAUCAAUGCUAAUUAUCUCGAAGAUGCAUUUGGAAAACGAUCGUACAUUGCUACACAAGGUCCCAAACCAAAGACAAUUCCUGAUUUUUGGAAAAUGAUAUGGCAAGAGAAUGUGUCCAUCAUCGUUUGCUUGACCAAUCUUAAAGAAGGGGAUAAGACAAAAUGUGCACAAUAUUGGCCAAGCACCAAAGAUAAACUGAUUGGUGAUGUUCUUGUAAAAAAUAUAGAAGAAAAAUGUCAUGCUAAUUACACAAUAAGGCGAUUCAAAAUCAACAAACGUGUGGAAAAAACAACUAGGGAAGUUGUUAUGUUUCACUACACAAGAUGGCCAGACCACGGGGUUCCUGCCCCACUCAGUCUUGUUAUAUUCCAUCGUCACGUGAUGAGAGUAUCUUCACAACACCCUGCAAAAUAUACUGUGGUACACUGCAGCGCGGGGAUUGGUAGAACCGGAACUUGCAUUGCUUUAGACGCCCUCUACCGGGAAGGGGAGAGAAAUGGGAAAGUCAAUGUACCGAUGUAUGUCAGGACCAUGAGAAAAGACAGAAUGAACAUGAUACAAGGCGACGAUCAAUAUAAGGCAGUGUACCUUGCUCUUUGUGAAUCAUUCAAUGGGAAAUCUAGAUGCCUUACAACAGAGUCAUUUGUACGAGAGCUACAAGAACAGUCCUGUUACACCAACUGUGGAGAAUUGGCAACAAAAUCUUCUUUGUCGUCAGAAUUUCAGGAUUUACUGUCCCUUCGAAAGGAAUAUGAACAGAAGGAUUAUGAGACCGGACGCUUAAAUAAAGCUGCCAACUAUACAGACAGCGUUUUGCCACUUGACGAAUUUUUGUGUUAUUUAUCUUAUUCAAAGGGAAGAAACACCUACUACAACGCAGUUACACUUCAGUCCUACACAGAGAACGACAGUCUGAUCAGCGCCCAGUACCCACUUCCUGACUUCACUGAAGACUUCCUCAGACUCAUCAGAGACUUUGAUGCUCGUGUUGUGGUUUUCAUGUGUCCGCUAAAGGAUUUAAAAUCCUCUUCUCUUUGGGUUCCGUCAAAAACUGAACAUAAGACUGUCGGAAACUUUACCAUUAUGCAGGCUAGUUUAACAAAUCAAGCAAAUUUUUCAACAAGAAGCAUUGUGCUUCAGCAAAACGGAUUAAGUGACACAAGGGUAACUGUGCUAGAAUGCAAGACAUGGAAAGAAGGUAAAAAGACAACGGACAAAAGAGCUUUGCUGGAUGUUGUUAAAGAGGCAAAAUCAGGAAAACUCAAUCACGAAGGAAAAAUUAUCGUUUUGUCCAGUGAUGGCGCCACACGUUGUGGGACAUUCUGCGUGGUAUAUAACGCUCUAGAACAACUCUCAAUGGAUCAGGAAGUGGACAUCUUCACCAUCACACGACAACUUCAGAUCCGUAGACCUGAGUUUGUGUCUAACUUGGAGGAGUACCAGCUUUGUUAUGAGGUAGUGGCAGAAUUUAUUCGAAAUGAUUGUGUGUAUGCGAAUUUCUGAACGAAAAAAAUCGUGUGAUCUUCUCAGUGACAGAUGGAUUUGAUCACUUUUUAUAUGCAAUUGCUAUCGUUUGUUCUUGUGAAUUGAUGUCAAACCAUUCCUACACUAUUCGUACAAGAAGUACGAGAACUUGAAAAUAACAACCGUUUAACCACCAAAUGUGCAAUG